AUGAAGUCUUCUUUAUACACCGUGGUGUCGGCAAUUUCCCUUGUCUCAGCACAUCCGCAUGCCGCUCUAAAUCCUAAAGUUUUGGUCUCAAGACAAUUUAAUACUCAAGAUCCUUAUACGAAUUGGCCUACCUAUGAUCAAUUGCCAUUGGAUCCUUCUUACCCCACCAAAGCUGCUUGGGGAGUUUGGGGCGCAGACGAUGUUCAAGGAGCGUUGAAUCAUAUCACUAAUGCUACCAUUCUUGCUGCGAGGGGCGAGAUUCAGUUGGGGAGAGCUAUUAACCUCAACAUGGAUUUGAACGCUUUCACGACUCCUAUCAAUCCAAACCGGAAACCACUAAAUCAUCUUUUUCAACCUGGAGAUGGGUAUACGGAUGAUGUGGUCGUGCUGAACACGCAAGUCAGUACCCAGUAUGAUGGAUUGAGGCAUUUUCCAUAUUCAACGGAUGGAAACACUACUACAUAUCAAUGGUAUAAUGACUUGAUCGAGAAUUUCGAUCAAGUAGUAGGCCCUGCUCCUACCGAAGUUCUAGGUAUCCAGCAAGCAGCCCAGAAAGGCAUCGCUGGACGGGGAGUGCUUCUUGAUUUCGUAGGUUGGGCUCUGACUCAAAACAUGACCUUCGAUGCAUUUACCGGAUAUGGGAUUAACACUAGCUCCCUCGAUGCUAUUGCGGCUUGGCAAGGUCUACCUUCCAACUGGUCUCUUCCUGGAGAUAUGCUCCUCAUCCGCACAGGCUGGACUAAGGCCUACUUGAAUCUAACAUCGUACAACCAAGAAAUUCUUCCUUGGGAUCCAAAUUUGGGAUCUGUAGGUAUGAAUUGUAGCGAUGAUUCGCUCGCUUGGCUUUGGGAGAAGAAGCUUGCUCUUAUCGGUGCAGACAACCCUGCUUUUGAGAGUUUACCUAUGGACAAAACAAUAGGAGGUGUAGCUAGGAGCUUGCACCAAGUGUUUAUUGGUGGGUGGGGUCAAAGUAUCGUGGAGUUUCUAGAUCUAGAAACCUUGGCAGAAGAAUUGCAUCAAUUAGGGAGAUCAACUUUCUUCUUGACAAUUCAGAACUUGAACAUCAAGUCAGGAAUUGCGAGUCCACCAAAUGCGCUCGCCAUUUUAUGA